UGUUAUAUGAGAGAAGUAGGAAGAGAAACUGUUUGUGCUGUGUGGGGUCUGCUGAGCACUGGCCUCUACAGCAAGAGAGAGAGUUUAUACCCCUCUCUCUCUUUCUCUGUCUCUCUCUCUCUCUCUUUCUGUCUUUCUGCCUUUCUCUCGCUCUCUGUGUUCCAGUCAGUCUCUGAGGGUCAGCAGUGAUCACGCAGGAGGUCAUGAAGCGAGGGUCAAAGAAUAAGAAUCAGGAGAACGUUGGCAGUUCUCUGCUCAGUCAGCAGGAGAAUGAAAAAGUGGAGGAGCUCCUGGGCAGGAGGUGUGUGUCUCUGUGCACGACGGUGGUGCAGAUGUUCAUGGCUCUGCCACACAGCCCCUCCAACUGGAGUCUGCAGCACACAGGAGUGAUCUGCUUCGUCAAGGAUAAUCCACAGCGCUCGUAUUUCAUCCGCCUCUACGACAUCAAGGCAAACAAGCUGGUGUGGGAACAGGAGCUCUAUAAUCAGCUGACCUACCACAGAGCUGAUACCUUCUUCCACACCUUCCCUGCAGAUGACUGCCAAGUGGGCCUGAACUUUGCAGACGAGCAAGAAGCCGAGAGCUUCUUUGUUACAGUGGAUGAGAAGAUCAGCCAGAGAAUCAAUCGCUCGGAAAAUCGCCAGGGGAAAAGCCGCAACAGAGGCGACGCAUUGCCCCCACUACCUCCAAAUGGCUCUGGGACUUGCUCUCCACUACCACUGGCAAACCUUAACAUCCAGAAUCAAGCCCCUCCCACCAAAUCAAAAAAAGAGAAAAAGGAGAAAGAGAAAAAAAGCAAAAAGAAGGGGUCCAAACUGUCCAAGGCGUUAAUUGGCGCACCUAGUGGAUUCACUCAUGUUACCCAUCUUGGCAUGGAUGCCAACAGCAUGGAUCCAGACCUGAUGAAGCUGCUGUCCCGUGCAGGGAUCAGUGAGGCUGAUCUCAGAGAUUCAGAGACCUCGAAGCUCAUCUACGAUGUCAUUGAACGCUCUGGUGGAAUGGAGGCAGUGAAAAAGGAAAUGAACCAACAGGAUCGUGCUCUUCCUCCAAUUCCUGGGGCCCGUCAGGGUUCUCUUCCUCCACCUACCUCUGGAUCUGCCUCUCUUUCCUCUCAGGCUCGCCUGGGACCCUUACCGCCUCCCCCUGGAGGUGGUCCACCCGUUGAGGGCCGACGGGCCUCAUCAGCCCUCCCACCUCCACCUUCUGGAGGGCGUUCAGGGCCUCUACCACCAACACCAGGAGCACCACAAGGGGGACGUAGAGCAACUUUACCUCAAAUUCCAUCUUCAUCAUCUGCACCUUCACCCUCGUCAGCCCGGAGUGGACCUUUACCUCCAGUUCCAGGGGGUCGUAGUGGACCACUUCCCCCACCACCAGGAGGGCGGGACGGGCCUCCAUCAUCAGCACCUCCUCCGCGAAGCGGACCCCUACCACCUCCCCCAGGAAGGGGUAGUGGGACCCAGCCCCUGCCCCCAGGAGGACGAAGAGAGGCUUUACCACCUGGACCUCGAGGUGGACCCAUGCCACCUCCACCGUCUGCUGAACCUCUUCCACCUCCACCGAGCAGGAGAACUGGAUCCUUACCCCCACCUCCCCGUGAUCACAGUGAUUUUCUACCGCCUCCUCCACCAUCUUCUGAAUCUUUUCUUCCUCCUCCCCCCUCUGAUUUUCUCCCACCACCAGACUUUGAUGCCUUACCUCCACCUCCGGAGUCUGAUUCCUGCUUUCCUCCUCCAGCCACAAACGUGGCCCCACCUCCUCCAGCUAUUUCUAGACAAGGCGGUCCACCUCCUCCUCCUCCUCCACCACCUCCUCCUCCUGCUGCCCCACUGCCCAGUGCUAAACCCCCAGCCCCUGGCGGUCCACCUCCUCCCGUAGCCAGCAGUGGGGGAGGAGGUAGAGGAGCGUUACUGGACCAGAUACGUGUAGGAAUGAAGCUCAAAACGGUAACUGCAAGUCCUGAUCCUCCACCAUCUGCAGCAGCAGAUUCAGGGGAGGGAAUUGUGGGUGCUCUCAUGAUGGUCAUGCAGAAGAGAAGCAAAGUCAUCCACUCUUCCGAUGAAGGAGAUGAGUUUGACGAUGACGAGGAUGAUGAUGAUGAGUGGGAUUAGUUUUAGGUCAAGUGAAGGACUUUGUGGCAUUAGAUCAUCUACACAGUGACUUGAGCAUGUUGAGGAACUUGAGACACAAUGAUUCAUUUUCAGUUGCUAUGCAGCACAAUAAUGUGAUAACAUCUAUUGCCUUUGUAAAUAGAAACAAACAACUCACAGGGCAAACAGUCUAACUGCAGUACAAACGAUUCAUCCAGAUUUGUUACAUAGCCUACAUUACUGUGCAGAAGUCAGAGACCACCCCUCAUUUAUUUCAUUUACAGUCAAAACAGCCAUUAAGUACAAGUCAUUUGUACAAGAUAUUUCUGAGGAGAUAAGAUAUAAGAUAGUCUACUUGCAUAAGAAAGGAGAAAAAUCAAGUGAAAUUAAAUGAAAUAAGUCAGAGUUUCUAAAGCUGCAAUUCAAAAAAACGAUUAAAGAAUAUACAGACAAUGGGACCCCUAACAACCAUGCAAGACCUGGUAGACCACCAAAACUGUCACCAUCAGAAAAACAGUACUUAAUGCUUUCGUCUUUUAGAGAGAGGACUCUUGAUCCAGAUCUAAAAAUCAAACAAAGAAGUUGCUGGUGUUCUCAGAACAAUGGACGGACCACCCCAGAGUCUAGACCUCAACAUCACUGAAUGUGUUUGGGAUUAACUUGGAUUGUGAGAAGCAGAAAAUGCAACCAACUUCUAAGACUGAACUUCAAAAUGUGGAAAAACUAAAAGAACGCUGUAAUGAAGUCAAAGAGUGGACACACACUUUAGUUGCUGAAGUUUCUGUAUAAUUUUCUGUUAAAUAUGUUUUCUGCUAUUUUCUUCACUCUGUAAAAUGAGUGUCUUAAUGGCCCCUUUGAUGGGAAAUGAAAUAAAUGAAGAGUGGUCGCCUACACUUGCACAGUACUGUGUGUUAGGUGCUAACUCUGAAACGGAAUCAGUCUAACUGGUGAUCAAGCUGUGACGUGAUAUGGGCAAUUUACAAUAAUGUACAAAGAAGAGACUUGUUUGUUUUUAUGUGAUACUGUAUGAUAUUGAGGGGUGGGCAGGGGGCUGGGAGGCAGAACAGAACACUGGCGCAAAUACUCUAAUUACACCAGUGAGCUCACUAUACACAGCAAUUCUUUUAUUUUCUUUAUAACAUUAUAUUUAAGAACAAGACAACAUUUAAACAACACAAUGGGUUGCCAAUCUAUGUAAAAACAGACAAAAACAAUAAAGUCAUUUGUGCGGUUUUAGUCA